AUGUUGUCCACUGUGCUUUCUGACUGCGUCACCUGGAAUUUCUGCAUGCAGGAGUUUGUACAGCAUCAAACAGAAGCAAAAGCAGGGCAUAAGGUAUCUAUGGAUUCCAAGACCACCGAAUUGAGCACGUCCAUCAAGGAGAUGCUGUCACAGACGAGAAAGGCACUGGAAGAAACAAAGCGCGUGGGCCUUCCUAAUCCAGACAUUCACCCGCAGCUGAUUGAGGCACUGCACGAACUGCAAGAGCUAGAGAGAACACUGAUCGCUGAGAGAGCGAAAAAUGAGUGUCUGAUUCGUCUCUGCGUUGCGGACGAAUCAGCUGAAUAUAUAGCAGAAGAAUGCAGGGUUGCUACAGAACAACAACUGGACGCUAUAUCAUUCGAACAGCGGAGUGCACUUGCAGAUUUGAAAGUUGCCAUGGACAGCGAGUUCUCUCGUUCUCUUCGCCUCGCCAGAGAUCGCUUGCGUAUUUCAAGAUCCCUUGCUCUCGAAGAGCAAAAGAUAGCAACGCUGCGGCAUGAUUUGAAAUUUCGUACUGUAGCAGACGAGCUCACCUGCCUGUUGAAUGCUCAAACUAAGCUGGAAGAAAACCGAAAUCAAAGCAUUAAGCAGUUUCACCAGCGCUUGAUGCUUGAGCUGGAGGACUACAUAAGAAAGUUGAAGGUUAUCCUCGAAAUACCAGAUUCUUUUACCGUAGCUGUUGAGCUGCAGCAAUGCCUCGAUGCACUUAACAGAAAUAUUCGGGCUGCCAGUCAAAGUCUUGCUCGCUCCUUAAAUUUGGUUCAUGACAAUGCGUCAAACGUCAUGCUUCAAGAGCUGAGAAAUGUUCGAACUGCUCUCCUACGGGCUGAAGAACUGAAGGAGGAGGAAAUCGGGAGGCGCAUCGAAGUCCUGGAAGAGCAGAAGCGGCAAAAUAUUGAAGAAGACGAAGAACGAAGGGCUAACUUUAACAGCACAGUUCCAGUGGAGGAUCUCGAAGUAGAAACUGAGAUUUCUGCGGCACAAGACAAGUUGGCAGUUGAAAGAAUCAGGUUGAAGUUCAUUGAAGACGAGCGAGAUGCCCUGAUAACCCAAAUAUCAGAAGCCAAGGCAGAAGCACUGUGUAAAGGAAGCGAAACGGAACUCCCGGAGGUCAUCGACUCACUUAAAAAGAAAUCCCUGGCGCGUGUUGAGGAGAUGAACGAAAAAGUACUUCAGCUAAGUGAGUGCCAAGAGGCCGAUAAUUUGAAGUCCCAAGAGAAGCGGAAGGACCUUAUAAUGCAGAGGAUCUGUCUUGCACGCGAAGCGCGCAAAAAGAGCACAUUGUGGUUCGAACGGCAGGCUGGAGAACAAGUCCGCAUCAAUAUCAUAAGGGCACGGGAAGCUGAAUGGAGUACCGUUCUACUGGACAGAGAAGCAGCAGAUAAUUCGUUUACCCUAUCAACUAUGGGGCAGUCUGGGUUGUGGGCAAGAAGUUAUUGUACUUCUGUACAAGACAGCAUAAGGAAGCAGACUGAAGAACUUGAAGAUAAGCAGGCUGCAGAGCUCGCUGCAUUUGAAAACAAACUGAAGCUAUCUUUAAGUGAAAAGCAUCAGGAAAUACAGAGUCUCAGGAACAAAUUGGAUACGCUACAGCAGCGGAUUUGCAGCAUGGGCGACCAGGAAGCGGAACAAGAAACUGUGGAUGCUGUUCGCCGAGAAGCUGAAGCUACUCAGAAAGAAAUAACAACACUAGAGGCUGCCGCCGACCUCGAGGCCAAGGCUGCCGAUGUCGAAAAGCGAGAAUUCGUCGAGGCGCAGAAACAAGAACUAUUUGAGCACGAGCUCAAGCAGCAGAAAGAGUUUAUGGAGGCUCAAUGGAAGCUGUCCAGGAUUGCGAAAUUUGAAGAAUUGCGUAGCAUGCAACUAGACCAAUCAAGCAAUGCUGUGGCCCAGAAGGAGGAUUAUGUCAAGAAAGCUAUGGCAGAAAAGAUAGCACAGGUGUCGGCACAGGAAGAGGAGGAAAUAAAGGCACUGAAGGAGAGGCAUUACACAGAACUUGCAGAGGUUGUUAAGAGCAACGAGGAUGCUGCGAAAGCGCCAACGACACCCGUGAAGGGGCCUCGGAAGAGCGUUAUGGACUUUAAACUUGAACGGCUGCAGACGGCGCGACAAAAGGAAAAGCAAAUGAAAGAGCAAUGGAAGGCCAAAAGGGGUGCCCUUGAGGGGUGGCAUCCAAUAUUUUGGUGUAUUGUGGAAGAGGAAGCCAAACAAGGGUCAUACGAAGCGUAUGAAGCCUCUGCUAAUGUAGUUGCGCGUGGCCCAACGUUGUGUAACAUCGAGCGCGUGAUAAACUCACUCGAAGAGGGCUCUUUCCUCAGAAAUAUGAUUGCAAAUCUAGAAAUUCUGGUUAAGGAAUUUAACGUCUUGGGCGUGCCGGCGGAUUCUCUUGCAAGCGAGAGCGAAGGCAGUGAAUCGGACUCCAGCUCUUCUUCCAGUAGUAGCCAUCAAACAGAUGAGCCGCGACAACGGACGAAGGCGUCACCAGCCUCCUCAUCGACAUCUCAUAGUAGCGAUUCUAGUGAAAGUUCUGACGAGAGCAGUGACAAGAGCAGUAGCGAAGGCGGUAGCAGUGAAGACAGCAGUAGUGAAGACGACAGUAGCGGAGGGACCAGUAGCAGCAAGAGCAGUAACACCGGCGGAGAGGCCAGGCAGGAUACGCAACCGGCUAGUUCAACUUCGGGUGUGCGAAGUGGUCCAGAUCAGGCUGCGCCAGUUCAAAGGAUCUUAAGUUCUUCCUCAGGUGACAGCAUGGACUCGAAGGACGCCCAAAGUCCUCAACCGGCGAUGGAUAAAAGCAGUAGUGCGAGCAGUGAGGAGUCAGGAAGCAGCAGCAGCGACGGCAGCGAGGAUGCUGGUAGCGGGACUAGCACCAGUAGGAGCAGCGCCAUUAUGAGCGGGACUAGCAGCCGGAGCGGAAGUAUGUCCAACGACGGGACUAGUGAUGACAGCAGCGCGGAAGCGGGAAGCGAAUCCAGCAGCAGCAGCAGCAGCAGCAGUGGGAGCAACAGCUCUAGCCAUCAGAAUAGCAACAGCAGCCAAAGCAGAAAUACCAGUGAGGAUUCAGGCAACAGUUCCAGCAGUCAGCAGUCAAGUACAUCUGGUGCUGAAUCAACCAGCGAUUAG